ACUCAUCAUGCUCAUCAUCACUCUGUCAUCACUCUCUGUCAUGUUCGCAUGCUUAAACGCCAGCAAGAGCCUAUAUCCCCGCCCGCCCCUGACCAGGUACGGUAACUGUUAACAUUACUGUCAUUCAAAAUGUCCAACGAAUCGGUGUUAGCCGAGAGCAUCGGCAGAGCCGCCCUGGCGGCUAUUCAAAAUAUUUCAACAAUGACAGCAACCGCCUCGGGGCCACCACAGGCCACCUCGGCUCCCACCACUUACAAUUACACACCGGGGCCAGCCACACCCACCACCUCCACUGGGACAUCAUACCGCUCGGUUCCCUUUCCAUCAGUUCAUCAAAGGACUGCUACACAGUCACGUUUUGACAGGAAAAACAAAGCCUGCAAACACUAUACAAGAGAUGUUGUAUGCUUGCCUUUUUCGUCAGCAUCAACAUUCCGCAUUCCAAGGGGAGACUCAAGAGCAAAUUUAGCACGCGAUGGCCUUAUUGGGAAGAUCUCCUUUACAUCUGACUGGUCUGAAGCACAACUUAAAGAAGAAAUGACCGCCAAUUUCAGAAGAACGUUUGCAUUGUCUAUGGGCCAGUCCUUCCCAUUUGAGUAUUUGAGUACAGUCAAGGGAUGCAAAAGACUAAUGAAACCAAACGUCUCAAGCAGUUUUCUGUGGGGUGGAAAAGAAGUUGCCUCGAUUAGUUCAGCCUCUUGUCUCUAUAUAAUGGCAUUAAUAAGCAAACCUGUACAGGAACCUGAGGAACUCUCCGAUAGUGACUUUGAAAGUCAUGUGGGCUUGAGAAGGAGAGUUCACACAGUGUCACCUUCCACAAGUGAAAGUGAGCUCAUCAGUCAAGGUAGUGAAAAUGAGAGACUGCAAGAAAGUCCAUCACAUCAAAGAAGUAAGUUAAAGCACUUGUUUAUAUUAUAUUUUCUAUAGGCUGUAUGGUAACUCGGUUCAAACCCCGG